CCAGCCAAGGAGGCUCCGGACCCGCGAUCCGCUGAGGCUUUCGCCUUGGGCGCCCGUCGAGCCUCCGCGUCGCUGUCCCCGCGCCCUGCCACUGUCUCCCCAAACUUUGGCCAGCACCGCCCAGGUUCAGUGCCAGGGACAAGCCAGGGAUUUUCAAGAUGAAUUAUACCGAGUCCAGCCCAUUGACAGAAUCAACUGCAAUAGAUUUUACACCUGAGUUAGAAAGUAUCAUACCUGUGCCUUCCAAUGAGACCACAUGUCAAAACUGGAGAGAGAUACAUCACCUAGUUUUUCAUGUAGCAAAUAUUUUUUUCACAAUUGGGUUGGUUAUUCCAACUACUCUUCACCUUCAUAUGAUACUCCUUAGGGGAAUGUUAACUAUAGGAUGCACCCUUUAUAUUGUCUGGGCCACUCUCUACCGAUGUGCCUUGGAUAUCAUGAUCUGGAACUCUGUGUUCCUGGGUGUCAACAUUUUGCAUCUGUCAUAUCUUUUGUACAAGAAAAGACCGCAUCCGGUCAUUGCUGCAUUUCAGGUAAAGAUUGAGAAGGAGCUCAGUGGCAUCUACCGCCGAUUGUUUGAACCACUCCGUGUGCCUCCAGAUCUGUUCAAAAGAUUAACCGGCCAGUUUUGUAUGAUCCAAACCUUAAAAAAGGGCCAGACGUAUGCUGCAGAGGAUAAAACCUCAGUUGACGACCGUCUGAGUAUCCUCCUGAAGGGGAAAAUGAAGGUUUCCUAUCGAGGACAUUUUCUGCAUAACAUUUACCCCUGUGCCUUUAUAGAUUCUCCUGAAUUUAGAUCAACUCAGAUGCACAAAGGUGAAAAAUUCCAGGUCACCAUCAUUGCAGAUGAUAACUGCAGAUUUUUAUGCUGGUCAAGAGAAAGAUUAACUUACUUUCUGGAAUCAGAACCAUUUCUAUAUGAAAUAUUCAGGUAUCUUAUAGGAAAAGACAUUACAAAUAAGCUCUACUCAUUGAAUGAUCCCACCUUAAAUGAUAAAAAGGCCAAAAAGUUGGAACACCAGCUCAGCCUGUGCACACAGAUCUCCAUGCUGGAAAUGAGGAACAGUAUCGCCAGCUCCAGUGACAGUGAUGAUGGUUUACACCAGUUUCUUCGGGGCACCUCCAGCAUAUCCUCUCUCCAUGUGCCGUCCCCACACCAGCGGGGCUCCACCAAGAUGAAACCAAUCGAAGAAGGGGUGGAAGAUGACGACGAGGUCUUUGAGCCCGUGUCUCCAAAUGCACUGAAAGUCCAUCAGUUGCCUUGAUCAGAGAGAGAGGUCAAGUGACCAAGAUGGAAAUUGUCUUGAAGAGACCCUGAAAAUACCCGCACUUCUUCAUGGCUUUUUGAUUAGUCUGCUAUAGCACUGAUAGUCUGAGGGCAGGAAAGUGAGGGUCAGAAAAUGGGAAGGUUAUUUGAGCUCUCCUUUUAUUAAUCAGCUUUUUAAGCAAUUAUUUUACUGAGCCUUCUGACUAAACCUAGUUCUAUUUUGAGAUAUAUAUUUUCGCAGUGUUUUCUAGAUAUAUCAUUGUUUUAACUUAGCACUCUGUCAAUGCAAAUGCCUUUUCACUUAUUUUUUCUGAGUUGUGGUUCAUUUUUCUCACAAAUAGUUUUUUCUCCACUGUGGCAAUGGGGUCGUCCAUUUGAUAGUCUUAGCAAACAGGGUAAGUUUGAAAUUGAGGUUGAGGUAUCAUUAAAAAAGCAGGGAGUCUCAGGCCUUGUUCAACUGAAUUUUGAAGCUAGAAGAUUAUAAAGAUGUGAUUUGGCUGGUGUUUAUUUUUUCUCCCAGGCCAAACACAUUACUCCACUAGAUCACCUCACUUAUUUGGGCAUUGUGUAGAGAGCUGGAUAAUGAGCAAAACUCAUCAUCCUUUGCUCACAUUACCCUUAUAUUAUGCUGUGUGUAAUCGGGUCUGGAAACCAAAGCUGGAAAGAUAACAGAUGGAAGCAGUUCUGAAUUUAGCUUGACCUGCAGCAAAACUCAGCUCACCUGUGAUUUGGAGCCAUCUUGUCCCCACACACCCUGGUGUGGGGAACACUUUACUUGGGGUAGGGAGUCAAGUGAUUAAACAAGUGUCACAGAAGGAAGUGAGUGAAAGAGCAUUUUCAUCCUGUGGUCUGAAGUUUCAGGCGGUUCCUCCAGAGCCAUAGGUGUCUCCUUAAAAUGUGUACCAAAUACCCAGGGCCAGGUUCGCAAAUGUAAACACAGCUUUGGGGGCAGUUUCCCAUAAGCCAUGCCAUGGGCACCCAACCUAGCUAGAUGUUGCUGUGAGGGCCUUGAUUGUAAAUCUCUCUUUCCUACUGGAAUCAUGUUUCAGGAAACCGGGGUAUUCGGCUGGUGGGAAAUGAGAAGUUUGCUGAAAUCAUCAGUCAGACUGGUCAGGGUGACUGUGGCACUCAAAUGGGUGAAGCCCAUUGAUCGACUAUGCUAUAUCAUACAUCACGCUGAUUUUAUUUUAUCCACUAGAACCAACUUGAGUCAGUCCCCUGUUAUAGUAAAUGGCUAAGAAAAGUUCCCAAUGAAAUUACUUUCAGGUAAGGUGAGCCCAAAGCAGCCUGUCUUGUCAAAAGGUGAUUUCUGUCAGAGAAGGUAGAUAAGCUACUCAAGGGUCACCUCACUUUCCUAAAUCCAUUUUAGGCUAAUUAUUUUAGUAAUUUCACUUGAGUUAAAUUUACAUGCUCGGUUACUCCUAAGAAAAUUUCCACAGACUGGGAAUCCAGCUCCUAACAUCUUUAUCAGAUGUUGCCUUAUUAACACCACAGUGAAAAGGCUGAUUUCACUUCACGAUUAGUGUGGCCUCUUCAGUUUCCUAAAUUAUAAAUUUAUUUGGGGGAAAUGAAACACAGGUGAAUGGACUUAACCUUGGAUUUAAGACUGUGAAGAUUCAUUCGGUCCCUUGCUGUGCCUGAGAUCCUACGUGCAGUAACCGUAACAUAAUGGAGCUGGUCCUGCGUCCUCUAACUGUCGGGGUAGGGUCACGUAGACCAUUUAGUUUCCACAUGCAGAAGACUAAUUUACAAAAUCACUCUAUAGAGUAAUUAGAUACGACACCCUUCCCUGAAGAGAAAGUAAUUUUAGAUUCUGCUGAGGCCACAUCUUUAAUGUUCUGUGGAUCCACAGAAGCUUGGGGUUUCUUAGCCUGACCCACCUUCUGGUGUGUCUCACUUUGCCAUGAUGAGACAGCGGGAAGGGUCCUCUCUAACGAUCCACAUGCAUGUGUUUAGAGGGUUUUCUGCAGCGCUGGGAAGAAACAUUUUUAAAGGCACGCUGCUAAAACUUGAUGAUCGGAAUUCAUUUACUGUUUUUAUUAAAACCCAUGUGUGUGCGUGCACGCACGUCAGUGUCGUUCAUAAUGAAGAUUGUCAACCCAAGCUUAUGAAUCUGAGAAGAGCCACUUAGCCUGAAUGGGAAACAUGAAACUAUUUUUAAAUACACACGUCUAAGGAAGACAAUGAGGCUGGGAGGAAAGGAGAUGCAAGCCACUGAGUAGCCCUCCCACGUAGACUUGAUAGCAAAGAAGCAGAUGAGAAAACAAAAGAGUUUUAAGUGUAAGAUCUCCUAUGGUUGGCUCUGAAUUCAUUUAUACAAGUGAACAAAUGUAUCUUUGUGUAAAGGCAUAAAUACAUGGACAAAAAAAAAAAACACGUUUGCUGCAAAGCCACCAAUACGACGCUUCCUGUGCUUUUUGGUGUUCACUUAGCUGUGUGACCAAGGUUCAGAAAAUGAUCUGCGAAAAUUAUUCUAUUUAUAACCCCACAUCUACUAGGUUUAAAUGUAACAUCGAGUCUGUUGUAUGAAUCAGGAUUGUAACAUUUGUACCAGAAUGUAUGCGUCAUUUGUAAUAUUUUGAAAGCCCUCAUAUUUAUAUUUAUAAAAUAAUAGCACAGAUACUAGAUAGAAACCCAGUGGUGUUUAUAUAUCUUAAAUUAGUAAUAAUGGGUGCUAUAUAAUUGUCAGUUACCACCCGUUGCUUUCUGGGAUCUUUUUCACUGCUCCCUAUGGUUCCGUUGCCCUUUCAUCGUCGGACACCUUUGUGCUUCGCUGCUAAUAGUCUGCACCCUGGGAGACACCACCUUCCUAUCUGGUUCUCCUUCCACAUGUCUGAAGCUUUUCUGGUUUUAUAACUUGGAACUGCCAAUUCCUGCCUCCCAGGUCCUAUCCUGGCCCCAAAGGCAGAGCCCUCUUGGAUGCUGGAAAAAAAUCUUUGGGAAAAGUUGAUGUGACCUACACAUUCUGCCCUGUCCCUGGUGCACCUGGGGAAUGACUCCAGCCUCCAGGGAAAAUCGUCCUGCCAGCGUGUGGGUGGCACCCCCCAGCAAGCGCUUGGGCGUGCAGGUCAGCCUGUGCUCACCCGCCCGGGUGCUGUGUGGUGCCCUCCUCCCUGUGGACCCCAGGGAGCAGCUCUGAGGAUUCACAUUUAUUUAUCUCUUAUAUCCAUUUCUUUGGACAUUUCUAAAGCUGCUUUGCAGAAACCUCGGACCUUGCCAUGCCUCUAUUUCCCCUCCCUUUUUUCCAACCCUGGUUUCCCAACCUCAUUUUUUAAUUAUUUCCAAUGAGAGUGAUAGAAAUUCCCACCUGUUCAAUUGCAAUUCCCGAGGACCUGAAAGGACAGACUAGUGGGUAGGGAACUCGAGGCUGCAGUGUGCAAACACUUCAGUUUUGCUCCAGGGAUGACACAUUUCCUUACGGACAGCCUUUCUUUGCUUCUCCUGGGAGCCCCGGAUACCCUGUGUGUAAUGACAUAUUGUGUCAUUUCAGAAACCUGCUUUUAGGUACUAUUUAUAGGUGAAUCUGUUAUACUUGCAACCUAGUUUUAAAGUACAUGAGGAUUUUAUGAAUGCUUUAUACAGACACAUUUACAGGAAAUUCAUUCUUUCUGUUUUUAGGUGCCAUUGACAUUGUUACCAUUUACUUCAUAAUCAAUUGAAAUUUUGUCCGAAUAGAGCCUUAUAGUUGAAAAUAUCUUCAUAUACUGUCAUUUGAUCAAAUAAAUUUCUUACUUAGAAACUA